GCCAAAACAAUCUGGCAACGCUGCUCUGCAGCAGGCUGCGGGAUAGACCUGUGAAGCUAGUGGCAGGCGUGCUUUGGCGGAAGCUGUCAACCAGUAGGAGGAAUGUGCAAGUUGCUUCACAUUAAUCUGUAAAGUGACAAUGGGGAUUGAAGGUUACAUCCACAAGUGGGCUACAACUCUAUGGACCUAUUUGGUGCUGUACUUGUUAGGAGCAUGGUAUAUGGUGAAGGAACUGCUGGUACCCCAUAGGACACCAACAGGAAUCACAAACCAGAAAGGGAGAGUGGCAGUCAUAACUGGUGGAGGUCGGGGGAUUGGUUUGCAGACUGUCCGUCAAUUCCUCCUGUUAGAAAUGACUGUCAUUAUUGGUGGCAGAGAUGUGAAGUCAAUAGAGGAGGCAGUGUCAAGAUUGCGUUCAGAAGGAGUAAACACUGGAACAGUAAAGUGCUUUGAGAUGGACCUCUGCAGUUUAGCCUCAGUUCGCAACUUUGCUAAAACAUUUACUAACCUGGGGAUGCCUCUCCAUGUACUGGUGAACAAUGCGGGCAUCAUGUUUUGGCCAUGGAAUGUCACAGAGGAUGGUCAUGAGCAUCACUGGUCUGUCAACUAUCUAGGCCAUUUUCUGCUGAGCCACUUGCUUGCCCCACACCUGGCUGCUAGUUCCACCCUAAACCAGCCUUCCCGUGUUGUCAAUUUGUCGUCCUCCAUUCACUAUAUGGGUGGUAUCAACUUCAAUGAUGUCAAUAAUAAAAAGAACUAUAGCCCACAACGAGCCUAUGCACAGAGCAAGUUGGCCCAGAUGAUGUUUACCAUCACCCUCAAUGAGCGCAUGGCCAAGCAAGGAGUAUUGGCCCUUGCUGUGCACCCUGGUGUUGUAGCCACUGAACUUUUCCAGCAUGUAACUUGGGCAAAAACUUUCCCAAGACUGGCUUCUACAUUUCUCAAGACACCCAGCCAAGGGUCAGACACAGUAGUGUAUGUGGCCUUAUCACAAGAGGUAAAGGAAGGCGGUCACUACUAUGAAAACUGUCAGUGUACUCAGCCUGCAGCAGCUGCCUUGAAGAGUGAUGACCGAAACAGACUGUGGGAUUUGACCUGUCGUCAGCUUGAUAUUCAGGAAUUUGGCAAGGUAUGAGGGAUAAAUUUCAUGGUUAUGGAUGUCUUAAUACAAAUGGUGCCUUAGUUUCAUAAAAUCCUGUUAUAUCAUAAUGAUGUUAAUGUGAUAUGACUGGGACCAAAGCUUUUGUAAACAUCAGGAUGGUGGUCUUUAAUAUUUAUAUUAGGUUUAAGUUAAAUAAUCGUACUUAGUGUGCUUAAAGUUAUCUUGCAAGAAAUGGAAAUAAAAGAACAUGUGCAGUUUUCCUUAGAAUAUGUCUAUUGCUCAUGUGUUCCUGUGUUCAACAUUCCUGUGCUUAUCAUUAUUUCUGAGUCCUGUCAAAAGAUUUAGAUGAAUGGGAACUGAAGAUUUCAGAAAAAAAAAUGGUAAUAGGGAGUUGAAUACAAGUUACAUAACUAGUCACACUCAGAGACAAGGGAGUUAGCAGUCAUUGAGAUGAGGCUGGUGACUGUUAGUACAUACAGACAAUGGAAUUCCUAAGUUUGUCAUAUUGUAUCUUUAAUGUGUGUCUGUUGCAUUGUGCAAAACAUGAUAAUGUAAUACAUAAUAAUGUCUGUGUGUAAGAAUACUUUUUUUCCUGUGCCCUUGCUGUGCAUUGUGACUGAAUAUUCUCUAAAGUUUUUUUUUGCAAUGCCCCUAGUAAAGGUGAAGGAAUUAAAUGUGAAAUGACAGAUGUGCUGGACACAUAGAAUGAAUAGCAGAAGUGAAGUUACCAAAUAAGCAUAUUCACAAGUAUUCCCUCAUAUAUGGGUGUCAAGGCCUCUUGGAGAGGGAGGGCAAUUCUUCACUACAUUAGCUGUCAGUUGUCAGAUCAAUUGUGCAUCUUUCAUGGCUUUCUUUGCAUCAUGGUGUGACAACAGAAUAGAUUAAUCCCUGAUGCACCAUCAUAGGUUUAUUCCCUUUAUGACAUCUGACACCUGACCUGAUUAAUUGAUUUUAAUAAAUGAGGAAGAACUCUCCCAUCGUGCUUUUUGAGGCGGCAUCAUUCAUAGUUGUUCUCCAUUCAUCCUUAUCACACAUGUUCAUUCUUCCUCAGUCCACUCUAAUGGCCUCUACUGAUAUUAUUAAUUUAAAUAUCAUAUAUAUUUAUAAAGUGCUUUUUGUAAAAGGUGGCUUUUUUUUUGUGUGUAAGGGGUAUUCAAGGAAAAAACAUAAUAAAAGAAAACCAAGGUC